AUGAACGUCGCCACCGUCAGGCGGCCGAUGGGCUGCCUCAAGGCCAUCAUGCGACAGACGAGGCAUCAGCGGGCAUCGGCAAGGUGCCUAGCCACCGCCGCCGCCGCCGACGCGAAGCCCAAAAGCGUCUUCAAUGCAAGACAACGCGCUUGGAAGGAAAAGGUCGGCAAGUUCGAGAUAUGGCCCCAGGUGCCCUCGGUGCGCACCUCGCACCCAGACCCGCUGCCCGCCCUCCGCCAGCAGCAGAUCUCCGAGCUGGACCCCACGGGCGCACGCACACGACUCUUCUCCAGGGAGCACGCCGACAGCGCCAAGGUGGGCGACGUGGUCAUGGUGACGACGCGGACGGGCGAGCCCUUUGCGGGCGUCUUUAUCCAGAUGCGCCGCCGCGGUGUCGACACGGCGAUCCAGCUCCGCGGGCAGCUCAUGCGGACGGGCGUCGAGCUGUGGUUCAAGAUCUACAGCCCCACGGUGACGGGCAUUGACAUCAUCUGGCGCCGGCCGAAGAGGGCGAGGAGGGCCCGGCUGACGUACAUGCGGAAGCCCAAGCACGACAAGGGCAGCGUCGAGCAUCUGGUCACGGCGUGGAAGAAGGAGCGGUUUGCACUGAGCACAAAGGCAAAGGCAAAGACGAGCCAGGCUUUCGGCAAGCUACGGAAGAAAUGA